UUGUGUUAAAUUUAAAAUGCCAUGUCACCUUCCCUUCUGUCAGUACUCUCGAUGAAACCUCUGAACUGAGCGGAGCUUAUCAAUGGCGUCCCAAAUGGCGAUCCUCUCCAGAGCCCGUAAAACCCUCCUCAAAACCCUAAACCACCACAACAAUCCCUUUAAAGCUUCCAUUUCCACCUUCACAUUCCUCUCCCUGGAAGCCCAACUCGCCGAGCCCAGCCUUCCCCCGCCAUCUCCCACUCCACUUCCUCCCAACCCCGCCUCAGGGAGCCCGCUCUACAAGUAUUUUUUAUGGAUGGAUCUUUACUUUAUUUAUAUCAGGAUGCUGCAGACAGGAAAAGAAUCUAUGGCUGAUGAUGAGUCAUAUGAAUUGGUUGUUGGUAUGCUGUUUUUGACAGACCAGAUUGAUGCUGCCUUGAGAUAUGUUGAUUUGACUUUGAAAUCUGGUUAUAUGUUGUCAAUGAGGGUUUUUGCUGAGUGUGUGAGAAGUUGUGUUAACAAAGGCAGGCUGGAUGCUUUGGUGUCUAUUAUAGAGAGGUGCAAGACAAUGGAUCAAAAUAAAGCUCUUUCUCCCUCCUGGAACAUGUGCAUCUUCAUUGCAAAUAUUGUGAUGCAAUAGGAUAAUAGCAAGUUAGCUUUUUAUGCCCUGUAAUUCAUGGCCAGAUGGAUUGCUCGGGGUGAGAAUGCAAGGGGUCAUGUUCUACUCUCUGUGGAUGAGGGGCUUGUUGUAUCAACACUUGGAACUGCUGGUAGGACUUACAGUUCUACUCUUGUAGAUGCAUCAUGGGCGAUCCUACGAGAUCAUUGCGUCAAAAGAAGGCACCUCAACUAGAAUCUUAUCUUGCAAAAAUAUAUGCCGAUGCAGCAUUGGGGGAUUUGCAGAGAGCAUUCAGCACUCUGCAUAAGUUUGAAACCGCUUAUAGGAACUCCCCCAAAGAAGCAGAAGAGGAUAUAUUCUCACCUUUUACAUCUUUACAUCCUUUGGUAAUGGCAAGCUCCAAGAAGGGUUUUGAAACUUUGGACACGGUUUGUCUUCUUAUCUGUAAAAGUUUCUGUUCUCACAAUUCAUUUCCUUCUUCUUUUUACUAGAGGGACAUCCCUCACAUUCAUUCCUCAUUUCCCUUCGUACACAUUCAAAUGCCUUGUGG